AUGGAUGUCGAACUUUCGACCGGCAGCAACGGACAGAGUGCGCGCCCCAACGUCCUCCUAGGCGCGUCCGGAAGCGUUGCCGCAGUGAAGGUUCCCAGGAUUGCCGAGCUGCUGUCGGAGUUUGCGGCUGUCAAGGUUAUUGCAACCGAUGCUGCUGGGCACUUCUUCGCAGAACUCGACCUGCCACCGCCCUGCCAGCCUCUUUUGGGUGACGAAACUGAGUGGCGGCAGUGGAACCAAAAGGGAGACCCCGUGUUGCACAUUGACCUCAGGAAGUGGGCUGACUGCUUCGUCAUUGCCCCCUUGUCUGCCAACACACUUGCAAAGGUGUCCCAUGGGCUCUGCGACAACCUCCUGACGAGUGUUGUGCGCGCAUGGGACUUUGAGAAACCGUUGCUGGUGGCACCGGCAAUGAACACAUGCAUGUGGGACAGCAAGUUUACCACAGAGCAGCUACAGAGGCUUAGGAAUCUUGGAGUUGGUGUCAUUCCUCCAGUGGUUAAGACUUUGGCUUGCGGGGACACAGGAACAGGUGCCCUUGCUGAACCAGAAGUCAUUGUUGAGUUUUGCAAGCGUGCAUUGCUGGACAAAAGUCAGUAA